GAAGAAUAAAUGCUGUAAUUUCAGUGAAUAUGGUUUGCUUAGUUUGGUUUCACGUAGCUGCUCUGCUUUUGCUUCUUCAUACGUCCACACAGACGAAUGUCGAAUUGAAAAAUUCUGAAGAUGUGAAAAAACAGAUUUCGCUAAAUAAAAAAUGGAUAGAUUCGGUCUUCAACGAUCACUCCAAAUGCGACAACGAAAUACAAUCCCUGAGAGUCAAAAUCAAAAAAUCAGAUCCAAAUGGAAUGAAGAAUAUCGACGAGUAUUUCGUAUGUAGAAGCAUAUAUUCUAGCGCUCGUGGAUCCAUUGAAACUUGGUCAACUCGUGUUAAUUUCGAUCGAUCGAAGUUCGAAGCAUCUUUAAAGACAGUUGCUGAACACUAUGAAAAUGUUAUACUAAUGAAUGAGAAUAUAAAUAAGAAAUACAAAUUCAUGGAAGAAUUGCACAUCGUAUUCCUUAAAGAUGGAAACUGAAUGAAUUUGAAUUUGGGAGUGAUGUAUUGAACUUGACUCAUUUCUCAUUUACCCAUAUUGUUGUAAUAAUUAAUUAACUGUAAAAAUAAUCAAUCACAAAUUUCUUCUUUCACU